AUGACCGUGUCUCCAGCGGACCCUACUGCUGCUGCUGCUGCCGCCGCCAGAGGUCGCAAGAUUGGGCUGUCCUCCAAAAUCGGCAAGAUUUUUGGUUCGGGGAAAACGGCGGCUACUGCAGCGCCAUCCGGGGAGGUCAUAUCUUCUGCCAAGCAGUCUCAGAUCCCGUCACCCAGUAACUCUUCGCUGUCGUUAGUCAGCUCACAAAACGAUACCAGUGCUCCUUCGGAGUUGUCGCGUCCCAACUCGCCACCAGCGUCGCUAAAUGGACGUGCAACUCACGGCGGCGCCACGAAUGACGAAAACUCGCUGUCUGCUUUCAGAUCUCGCUCAGAGAAUCUUGAAAAACCCACUGCAAGCUCGCUGAACAUCGCCGCGAUGGCAUCUGCGGGUUCCGGUCGCUUUGUUGUGCUCGACAAUGGCACUCACGAGCAUCACUUGAAGAAUGCCAAGCGCCAAGAAAAGCUGAGCAGUAUGAUCAAAAACAUUCUCGGUGCGCAGAAGCUCAGAGGUGAAGCCAAGUCUGCUGUCCCCGAUAUUCUCAUGAACAAAAAGAACCAGAGGAACAAUUCAGAUCCACCUUCCUUGUUUUCAGGGUUUGUGAGACAAGCAACCACCAUGGAACACGAUGCGCCAUUUAGUGGAGCUUCUCAGACAACCAAAAAGUUUUAUUUCAACGAAGGUAGUCCGUCAGAGCUCAAAGGCUCCGAAAACGAUGCGAUUGCCCCUUUGAAGAAAAACAUGGUCUCUUUUGCCCAAAAAUAUGGUCGUUGCCAAGAAGUCGUUGGCAAAGGAGCAUUCGGUGUCGUUAGAAUAUGUCAUAAGAAAUCACAAGAGGGACCUAGUGGCGAAAAAUUAUAUGCUGUGAAAGAAUUCAGAAGGAGAGAUACAGAAUCGCCGGAAAAAUACUCCAGACGAUUGACGUCAGAGUUUUGCAUAUCUUCCUCGCUGAAGCAUACAAACAUCAUAAUGCCCCUGGAUUUAUUCCAGGAUGCCAAAGGUGACUACUGUCAAGUUAUGGAAUACUGCUGCGGUGGUGACUUAUUCACUCUCAUCAUCGCUGCAGGCAAAUUAGAGUAUUUGGAAGCCGAUUGCUUUUUCAAACAACUCAUACGAGGCGUCGUGUAUAUGCAUGAAAUGGGCGUCUGUCAUCGGGAUCUCAAACCUGAAAAUUUGUUGUUGACCUCGAACGGUGUAUUGAAGAUUACAGACUUUGGCAACAGCGAAUGCUUCCGCAUGGCUUGGGAAAAAGACAUUCAUCUUAGCGGCGGGGUUUGUGGCUCAAGUCCUUACAUUGCCCCCGAAGAAUACGUGCAUGAGGAAUUUGAUCCAAGGCCAGUUGACAUCUGGGCUUGUGGUGUAAUAUAUAUGGCCAUGAGAACUGGACGACAGUUAUGGAGCACGGCCCAAAAGGAAGACGAAUUUUAUGCGAAAUAUCUCAAGGGCAGAAAAGAUGAGGCAGGUUACGAACCGAUCGAAACAUUAAAGAGAGCACGUUGUCGCAAUGUUAUUUAUUCUAUUCUCGAUCCUGUCCCCAGUCGGAGAAUUAGCGGGAAGCAGAUUUUGAAUAGUGAAUGGGGACGAGAAAUAAAAUGUUGUCAUGAAGGACAGUCCUUAAAGGAGUGA